AACGAAUGUGGCUCUUCUCCCUGCAUGAACGGAGGCUCGUGUACCAACGGCAUAGCAAAGUUCACGUGCAGGUGUCCUACUGGAUUUAAUGGAACAAGAUGCGAAAUAAAUCCAAACGACUGCAUGUCAAACCCCUGUCAGAAUGGUGGCGCGUGCACUGACGGACUUGCCACUUACACGUGCAACUGUUUGUCUGGUUACACGGGAGCUACAUGUGCUACAAACAUUGACGACUGCGGAUCUAACCCGUGCCGAAACGGAGGAAUCUGUGCAGACGGAAUUGCCAAACAUACUUGCUCGUGUGCCGUGGGUUACACAGGAACGAACUGUGAAACAAAUAUCGACGAAUGUGAAUACAAUGCGUGCAAAAAUGGCGCAACAUGCCAGGACAAAGUUGCCGGUUACACGUGUUCUUGUGCAGCGGGCUUUACAGGCGCCUUUUGUGAGACAGAUAUAAACGAAUGCACUAGCAACCCAUGUCGGAAUGGAGCCAUAUGUGUUGAUGCUGUAAAUGCUUUCACUUGCACCUGCUUGGAUGGAUUCAGUGGACAGUUUUGUCAAAUCGAUGUAAAUGAGUGCGCAAACCACUCCUGCAAGAAUGGAUCAACAUGUGUUGAUGCUGUGAAUUCUUACACUUGCACCUGCAUUGAUGGAUUCAGUGGACAGUUUUGUCAAAUAGAUAUCAACAACUGCAUUAAUCAUUCCUGCCAGAAUGGCGCAACAUGCUUAGAUGGCAUCGCAAAGUACACGUGCGAAUGUACGCCUGGUUUCAGCGGAACAUUGUGCCAAUAUACUGUGAAUGCAUGCACAUCUAAUCCUUGCAGAAAUGGCGGAACAUGUAAUUACUCAUGCGGUAAAUAUACGUGUGACUGUACACCUGGAUAUACUGGAACCACCUGCGCAUCAGACGUUAACGGGUGCUCCAGUGUCACGUGUCAGAACGGAGGCAAAUGUGUGGACGGUCUGAACUCGUACACAUGUCUGUGUGAGCAGGGAUUCGAUGGAAGACACUGCGAAAAUGGCGCAUGCCCUGUGCUACCCGACAUUCCACACGGACACGUGGACAUGUCAUCGGGGCGGCAUGUGGGUUCCAUAGCCAUGUAUUCCUGUAACAACAACUACGCACUCGUGGGCCUUUCAGUUAGGUCAUGCGAAACCAACGGGAUGUGGAAAGGAGCAAUACCUGAAUGUGUAUACGUGUUUACGACUGGUCUGGUGUGGGUCGCCCUCGGCGAGUUUGGACUACUUAUCGUUGCAACCAGCGCUUUCUGCAUUUGGAAAAGGCAUAGGAAAUUCUGUUUGAACAAGCCGUCAACUAAAAUCGCUGGAGUCAACAUCAGAAAAAGCAAUGCGUAUGAUUGUCUGAAUGAAGGUGAAGCGUCGGGCACACAGGAAUACGUCUCCAUGAGUCACGUGGGAACGGAAGUGGCUCGUGGACAGGUGGACACCGCUCUCUCAAACAUUUGAAGAGUCUGACAAGAAAACCGUUGUUGCGUUAGUUUAUUUCGCCAUCAAGUUGAAUGACAAAUAACAAUCAGACGAACAUCGUUGCUCCGCAUUUAUGUCUUAUCAAUGUCGUUUUACAACGCUUUGAAAUUAUUCGAUAGAGUUAUUCGAUCUUGUUAUAUAAUUUGCAAUUGAAAUAUUAAAUAAUAUGUGUAUUGUAUAUAUUAAUUGAAUCCAAUGUUCAACUGUGCCCCGCCCUGUUCCUACUGAUGUUUAAUACAAACACUUGUACAACCGUCCGUUGGAGUUUUGAGUCGCAGGUCACUCAAAAAGUGCCGCUGGUACUAAAUAAAACAUACUAACUAU